AGGGAGGAUACCAAUAAUUCUCUAAAUGUGUAGCAGAAAAUAAUAAAAUAACAUAAAGAGCAAAACCGGACAGUUGUUUUGGACCUUGGGUGACGGUUGAUGGAGACCUGAAAUUAAAAGCAGGAAGAUGAAACUUUCUGUUGGCAGCUGCAAUGAGAAGUCCUUGAAACGGCACAAAAACAGUCACUAGGGAACCCAUGGUGGGAUAGGAAGAGGGUCAGGUGCUGAGAGAUAAUAUAAGGAGCUGGGUGGGUGAAAGGGAGGUCUGUGUGGCAGCUGAGGAGGAGCUGCAAGGUUGCAAGAAGCUGGCUAAAGCGAGUAAGAGACUGAGCAGCGAAGUUGUGGAUGCAGCCUGGUAUCCUUUAUCCAUCUCUAGCCAAAGGGGCCUACUUCCAAGUAAGUGUGCAGUGGCUUGUACCCUUAAAAGCUUUGGAAAGGGAUGCGUUGUAUUAUCAUUGUUUUGUCAUUUUAGGCCGAAUGCACAGAGCUCUAACUAGUUUUGGCAGUAUCCUAUCUCUGUCUUCAAGUGCUCCCUUCGGAAAAGAGUCCCAAUUCUCUUUUCUUUUCUCUCAAGCUGCAAGGUUAGAAGGCAAUGUUAUAUAAAUAUAUAUGAGAGUUGCUGUAUUUCAAAAUGUGAGUUUGUUGAGGGUUUUUUUGUUUUUUUUUGUGGGGGACAAAGUUGUUGACUUCUGACAUGGGUUGCCAUACGUCUGGAUUUUCCCAGACAUUUUAGCGAGUUCCACCUGGGCACUGCUUCUGACUGCCGUAUUCCGGCUAUGUCUAGGAAAUUCCAGACAUAUGACAACCCUAAUAUGUAUUCCCAAGCAAUGAGCAGUCAAAAGGCUUGGGAAAUGUCUUUGAGAUGCUGGUGUUUAAAUGGUGAUACUGAUAGCUAAUUUGUUUUGCUUUCCCCCCAAAGUAUGCUGGUGUGAUACAACUUUGGAAACUGACAUUCUAAAUGUAGAAUAUAAUUGUUCCCAUGUCUGCUUGCAAUUUUUUUUCCUGUCAGGGAUCCUAUGCCUUAACAGGUGCCUGAAACACAUUUUAGUUGAGAAAGUUAGAUCCACCCAACAUCUGCCUGUGAGAUGCAGCUCUUAAAGGCAUAGGUAUCUUACCUGCAAAAAACAAAGUUGGCAAUCCUAUCUAAGCUUGAACCUCAAGUUCUCUGAAGUUGCUAAUUUUGCAAACAAUUGGGUAAAGGUUCUAUUCACUGCUAGGCAAAACAGUCUGUUUCCCCCUUUAUAAUAUGAAGGAGACUGUGGAAGUUUAACUGCUUGGUUAAUCAUUUAUUUUUAAAAACAAUAAUUGUAGAACCAGUUCUGUGGAUAACCCUAUUGUAUUAUUUACUACAAUUCUUUCUUGCUACCCUUAAGACAGUCUCCCAUCCAUCCCUCAAUGCCAUUUUGGUUUUCUGGUACCUGUGUGGCACUUUCUCCAACUCUACAGCCCCUCAGUAUUGGAGAGCUCCUUCAUUGCUUCCCACUCCCCACCCAUUAAUAUUUCCCAGGGGUUCCCAAACUGUCUUCCCUUAGCUUCAUUCAGGUUAUCUGCAUGGUGUCUUUGGAUUUGUGGUUGAAGAUGGAAGAUGGCACAUCCAUAGCAUAUUCAUUUUUUAAUAGUAUUUUAAUGUGUCUCCUUUAUUCCUUAUAUAUUGUGUUAUAAAUUAUACUGAAUGCAAUAAAAUGCAAUGUAUGAGAAAUAGAAGCAUCAAUAAAGUGCCACUGAAAUCAUACAGCACCUAGCACUGCACAUCACAAUUGCUACAACAAGCUGCUGCAGUUUGUUGGUGGGUAGAUUUUUUUGGGGGGGGGGGGGGCAUGCACACAUUGCCAAACCAGGAGAGGUGUCAUCAGAAAUGGGGACAAAAGGGGACAUAGAAUUCCAUAAUGUUUUCAAAUUUAGAAAUAUUUACUGUAUUUUAAAUAGAAAUGCAUAUAUCUAACCAUAGAGGGGAAGACUCUUGACCUGAGUACCUGCUCGGGUCCUGUUGCUCACAGCUGGUUGGCUAUUUCAAGACACCCCUCCAUCCAUGCUUUCCUCCUUAGGAUUCCUUAUUUUUAAACCAGACUUUCUACCACACUGAACAGCCCUUCCAUCUUCAACUUCAGUUCCCCAGACCUUGUUGGACUGCAAUCUUCAUCCCUGGUCAUUGGCUGACUUUAAAAUUAGCCAAGGGUUUUUUAAAUCCUUCUGCUCACACCUGUUCAGCAUGAUAACAACCAACCUUAAAAAUGCAACAAGCCCCAUCAAGGUGUAGCAUUCCAGGGUUUAACUCUGCACUGCAUGAACAAGUCCUUUCUAUUAUCUGUCCUGAAUCUUCCAACAAUCAGCUUCGUCGGUGUACCUGAGUUCCAGUGCUAUAAGAGAGGGAGAUAAAUAUUUCUCUGUCCACUUUCUCAAUGCUAUGCAUAAUUUUAUACCCUUCUAUAAUGUUGCCUCUUCCUCACCUUUAAACUAAAAAGUCCCAUAUAUUGCAGUCUUUUUUCACAGGGGAGUUGUCCAUUUGGUUUGCCCUUUUCAUUAUAUCAUCAUCAUCAUCAUCAUCAUCAUCAUCAUUUUAUUAUUUAAAGCCCGCCCAUCUGGCUGGGUUUUCCUAGCCACUCUGGGCAGUGGCGGAGCAAGCCGAUCAGGCACUUGGGGUGGCGCGCCUGCCCUGCACCCAGGGACUGGGCCAGCCACCCACAGGGGCACAGAGGGGCCUCUGAGGAGUCUGCCUGCCUCUUCCCACUCAGCCGCCCUACCGCUGAGGGUGAGGUGGCAGGUGGACCGUUUGGGGCAGUGCGGAGCCUGCGGGUGCCCAAGCCACCGUGUCACUCCUCGGAGAAACAUGUGGCUCAGGAGCACUGCAGGCCCCGCGGUGAGUGCUGCCCACCAUUUUGUCACCCCCCUCAGUGGGACACUCUACCGCACCCCCCUUGCUAGGCCCCAGACUCUGGGCGGCUCCCGACAGAACACUAAAAACAGAAUAAAACUUCACACAUUAAAAACUUCCCUAAACAGGGCUGCCUUCUAAACCUUUCACAACUACACAAUAUCCAUUUUGAGGUGAGACGUCCAGAACCGCACAAAAUAUUCCAAAUGCAGUCGCACCAUAUACUUGCAUAAUGGCAGUAUGAUACUGGCAGUUUUAUUUUCAAUUCAUUUUCUAAUGAUUUCUAGCAUGGAAUUUGCUUUUUUUUUCCCAUGGUCACUGCACACUGGGUUGACAUAUUCGCAAUAUCGCCUAUGACUCCAAGGUCUCUCUCUCUUUCUCUUUGCCCCUUAGAAAUGGCCAUGAAGUGCUUGUUGCUCCUAGUUCUGGUCCUCCUCCUGCCUGCUACUGAGACAACUUAUCACAGUAAGUUUCCUAAUGGCCUUCCUGGAAAACAAAGAGGCUGCUGGAACGUCAUCAGGGCAAUAGAUAAGAUGGCCACAGAUGUGUCAUUGAAAACUGAGUUUACAGUUUGCCAACUGUGCCCCAUCAACCAUAUGGCUGGUGGGCAUGCAGCUUGCCUCCCAAGCCUCCGCGGGAGGUGAGCGAUCCCUGCAGAGGCUUAGGAUGGAAGCUGCGCCCCACCAACUAUAUGGCUGGCAGGCAUGCAGCUUCCUUCCCAAGCCUCCGUGGGAGGAGAGUGAUCCCCACAGAGGCUUGGGGAAAGGUCGACAACUCUGGGAAAGGGGGAUCCUGAGAGAUCUUUGAACCACAGUGCCGGAUAUGCUUAAGACGGCCCUGUCAGCCUGCAUACCACAUGGAGCUGGUAGACAGCUGCCCUGGACACAGAAUUGACCUGUGCCUCCAUGGACAGCUAUGAGUCCAAAAUUUCUCCCAGUCUGCGCACCUGGUCCUUCGCACCUGGUCCUUCGCACAGUUACCCCAUUCAGGACCAGACUGGGGACAGGGCAGCCCGUCCAACUGAGGACUGUCCUCUGCAAAGUAGGUUACCUGACCUCCCACCCCUCCACUGGCCAACAGAAUGACGGCUUUCCUCUGCUGUAGGUCAUCUGACGGAGCUUCCCAGUGCAAGAGGAGAAGCUGCCCCACGUCCUCGGAGGAAUCUGGGAGAGCCUUGCUUCCCAAACCCAUGCUGGAACCAGGGAGACUGCACUGCAGUUGGGAACAAUGCCAGCUGCUCUUGUAAGCCAGGGUUCACUGGCUUGCGCUGUAAAGGUAACACAGGUCUGCUGUGCUGUGGGGAAGUGUAUUUCUUUCUCUCCCCGUCCCCCUUGCAUCCCUGGGUGUGGUUGGUCCCAAUUAUAGAAUGGUAGAGUUGGAAAGGGUCCCGAAGGCAAUCUAGUCCAAGCCCCUGCAACGCGAAAAUUGCAACUAGAGAAUCCCUGACAGAUGGCCACCCAACCUCUGUUUAAAAGCUUCCAGUGAAGGAGAGUCCACUGCCUUCUGAGGUAGGCUUUCAAAGUUCCUUCCUUUCACAGCACUUUGCCAAAAAAACUCCUGAAGGAUCUGCCAAAUCAUAUUUUACAUUACGAAGGAUUCCGGGGUAUUUCUGAAGCAGAGGUGGGGAACCUUUUUCAGCCUGAGGGCCAUGGUCACUUAAGACCAGCCUUCUGUGGGGCCACAUGCCAGUAGUGGGUGGGGCCAGAGCUGUAAUAGGACAGGGCUCUGUCUACACUCUUUCAUGCACCCAAACCUUUUCAGCCCACAGAUGUGCACAUACAGAGCCCUGCUACUCUAGAGAGUUCCCUGCAGCAACAGGACAGCAAAUUUGGGCUGCAUUGGAAUUGUUUGAAGUGCUUAACCGCCCACCCUAGCAACCUGAUAAAACUCUGUGUGUGUGUGUGUGUGUGUGUGUGUGUGUGUGUGUGUGUGUGUUUUAGGCCCCAUUUGCACUAUAAAAUUAAAGCACACCAUGGUUUCAUAUCACUUUGAACCACUUUGAAGCACUUUCACCCGAAGAAUUCUGGGAAUUGUUGUUUGUUCAGGGUGCUGAGAGUUGUUAGGAGAUGCCAUAUUCCCCUCAGAGAGGUACAAUUCCCAUACAGUGGUACCUCGGGUUACAUACGCUUCAGGUUACAUACGCUUCAGGAUACAGAUUCCGCUAACCCAGAAAUAGUACCUCGGGUUAAGAACUUUGCUUCAGGAUGAGAACAGAAAUCGUGCUCCAGCGGUGCAGUGGCAGCAGGAGGCCCCAUUAGCUAAAGUGGUGCUUCAGGUUAAGAACGGACCUCCGGAACGAAUUAAGUUCUUAACCCGAGGUACCACUGUAGUUCCCUGCAAAAAGGAAUUUACCGUUAAACCACUAUGAGAAUUUUAGCUCCGAACAACUACAGUUCUCCUGAUUCUCUGGGGGAAGCCAUUAGAAUUAAAGUGGUAUGAUACUGGUUUAAAUGUACAGUGUGGAUGGGGUCUUAAUGGCCCCUCCUAUCUCCAGCACUGGCCACGCCCACUGGCAUGCACCCACAAGCACCCAUCCACCACUGCAUGCACGGCUCAGAGGUAGGGAGGUUCCCCACUUGCUCUAAUUGAUGGAUUUUCUCCCCCAGAAAUUGUGGUGAAACUGGAAUGCAUGGAAGAGUUCAUGAGGAUGCUGGUGAGGAAGGAAGCAUUUGAAAUGCUGAAGAUCCCCCUGUCCUCUCUCCACCUGAGUAGCCGUGCCUGCCUGGUCUCCGAGCAAUGGCAAGACGGAGUCAGUUACUUUGGUGCAAAGCUGACCGGGGAGAACCACACCACCUGUGGCUCCACCACUAAUGUAAGUGCUCUGGAGCAGUUCGUAAAGAAGAAGAUCCACACAAGUGUGCAACUACUUAUUUUUAUUUCAUAUACAAAUCUGGAGCAAUUUCACAAAAAAUAUAUAGACAUGCUCACUGCCAUUGAUAGUCUUCCUCCUCCUUCUCUUCUUCUUCGUGUUCGUUUUCCUCUUCCUCCUCCCAUCCAUUACAUUACAGAAAUUCAAUCUUGAAGUAACCAAUGCAUGAAGUACUGUGGCAAGAUUUUAUAUUGUUGUCCUCUUUAUCCACAUGUGGUUUUGAACCCCCUAAUCCAGUUUCUGGUCCAUUUUCAGAUCAAUGAGACUCAUGUGUCCUACACCAAUGUGAUUGAGUCCGGCAGUGACAACGAUCAGAGUAUCAUCACCAGGAGCGUCCAGAUCCGCUUGCACUUCUCCUGCAUCUAUGCCUCCAAGCAGGUGGUUGGCCUGGGCUAUGGACUCAGGCCUGUGGACAAGUAGGUUGUUGUUGUUGUUGUGAUGACUCUGGCCAGGGGCUUUCCUCUGAUAGCCACAGCCUUUGGCCUGUUCCCCCAUCCUUGCUCCAUUGUGGCAUGUGCUGCAGGGCUGGCCAAGGGGGGUGGGGGAGAACUUUGGUUCAGUUUAAAGGCAAACCCAUCUAAUUUUCACUUCCUGAAGCAAGACGCAAACCAAAGCACAGCCGUCCCCCAAAAUUCACACUUCUCCGAAUUUUGCAAUGCAGUUCUCCAGCCAAGUAAUGUGUACAAAAGCACAUGCACUAGGGUAAAGUGUGCGUAGAAAUGGAAAGUGAAAAUAUGAAACAAAAAUACAUAAUGAGAAAAUGUUUUCGAAAACAAUGUGUAUAUGAGACACAAUUCCAUACAUGUAUAUUAGAAAAUCAUACUAAAAUGCUGUGAAUUUUCAUGAGGAUAUUUUAAACCCUGCUGGAAGUGAAUUGGAUCUUAAUGCCUGAGGGGGUCUAUAGGGAAGGAGGGGGUCUUUCAGGUAUCUGGGACCUGAGUUGUUUAGGGCUUUAAACACCAAUGUUGAAUUGGGCCUGGAAACCAGUGUACCAGAUUAUAUGAGAUCUAAAUGGAUCCCCAGUUGUAAUCUGGCCACUGAAUUUUGGACUAGUUGAAGUUUCCAAGCAGUCUUCAAGGGCAGCCCCACAUGGAGAUUAUUGUGACAAUCUGGUCUGGAAGUGGGCCAAUUAGAUGGACCAAUAGUCUGAUUUGGUACUUCUGAAAAUGGGUUCUCCCUAGGCAUGCUGGAAUCUCCCUCUUCUCAUUUUGUCUUUGCUUCUUCUGGCAUUCAUCACCUGAGUUUGCUAUUAGAUAUACUUCCUUGUAUCUUGUUCUGGGACUCCAGAAUUGGGUGGGGAAAGGUGGUGAUUGUGGGAGAGCGGAUAAGCAUGGGCAGGUGGGUUAGGUUUGUCCAUGUGAAUCCCUGACUGACUCUGGCGGGGUUUGUGUGUGGCUGCCUCUUUUCCUAGGAUUGUCCAGUUUACGGUCAAGGAAGGGGACUUCAGAGUCAACAUGCAGCUGUAUGAAAACGCCAGCUAUGUGCGUGCCUAUCCCAAGUCACAACUGACGUUCCUCGUAACAGACAUGCUCUACGUCCUCGUGAAAAUAGAAGGGCAGGAUCAGGCGAAGUACUUCUUCCUCGGCAUGGAGGACUGCUGGGGCACUCCGACAGGUGACCCACUGGACAGCACAAAGCACUUCCUGAUCAUGAAGGGGUGAGAGUCUGGCAUGGCAUUUGUUGAGGGGUUUGAUCCUGUAUAUCCGCUUUCCCCAACCUGUGGGUUGCAAAGCCUCUGCAAGUGAGUUGCGGGCUUUACAAGUAAACUCCCCCCCCCAUUAUUUAUUUAUAAAAAAUAUAUUUUCAUACCACUAUAUCAUAAACAAGAAUAUCAAAAUGGUUUACAGCAAUGAAAACAUAAAACCAUACAAUAAAAAAAAAUUAAAAGCAGGCAUCAGUUAACUAUUGGGGAAAGAUGUAUUCUUAACUGCCUGCGUAGGCCUGGUGGGGUGGGGGGAAUGUUUCCGGCAGCCAUUUAAAAGCUGGCACAGAAUUAUCUGAGGAUUUGUAAGGUGAAAUUGCUACCUAUUCAGGAUGAGUAAUAUAAUAUUUUAGGUAAUGAUACAACAAGGAUAGGAAUUGAAGCGAAAUGUAAAGAUGUAAAGUUUAAUUUUGUAAACCAUCAGAUGGGAGGGAGGGAAGUCGUUAGGCUCAGUCGAUCCAAAGAGAUAAAACAAGAGGAUACGAUGUUAUGUAAUGUGAUUAUAUGUAAAACCAAUAAAAAUCAUUUAUAAAAAGUAAAAAUAAAAGCUGGCACAGAAAGCGCCUAUUGAAUCUCCAUUGGCAGAGAGUUCCACUGGACUGAGCCAAUGACACUGGAGGCUCAGUUUCUCACUGUUGUCAAAUGAGCCUUGCCAGUGCAGGGUAUGACCAACGAUGCUCCUAAAGCUGCCUGUGGUUACCAGUGGGGUGAAAGGCACUUUGCACAUUAUCAAAUGCACUCUUUUUUCUAAAAAAAUUGUGUUCCAGGACUGAAUUCUUACAGCCUGGGUUAAGUUGGGAGCCUGAACAUUUAAGCUUGUGCUUGGUCUCUUCCAGGUGCCCGCACGACAAGACGCUGACUUUCCUCAAUGCCGUUGGUAACAGCACCGUGGCAAAGUUUAGCUUUCAGAUGUUCCAGUUCAAAAACUUCCAGGAGGUGUACCUGCACUGCCAAGUGCGCCUUUGUGUACCGGAGAACAAAGAGCCCUGCGCCAAGGUAACCUCUCUCUGUGUGUCUUUAGGAUAUUGGCCACUCUUCUGCAUCUCUGUAGGGUGUAGGUCACCACUGUGGUGCUCCUGGGCUCGCAUGUAUCCUCAGAUGGUAGCAGGAUCCCAUUGACCUUCCUCAUCCUUGUGCUGAAAAAAUAUAUUCCUUAGUCAAUGGAAGGCUGUCCCCCGCCGCCACCAGUGAAAUCGUUUUAUAAUGAGUGCCUCUCUUUUAUAAUGAUGGGUAUGCGUGUUUUUGUGUGUACAAUCACACCAAAGAAAUGUAGAAGAGCAAAACAAAGGAUUGUAAACUGGAAUAAGGGGAUUGCUACUGGUGUACUAAACUUGACACUGUAAUUUAAAAAUAGAACUGUGUAAUCUGCUAGGCUGCUGCUAUGCCCGGUAUAUAAAAGUAUAGCAAGCGAGUAAUAAUCCUGCAUUGCAGGGGUAGUGGUCUGACUCCACAAUUUUGAUAAUAAAGGAAUAAUUGCUGGUGGCAUACUAAAUUUGAGAGAUCUAGUUGUUGGGGAAUUAAAAACAAACAUUUGUCCACUAGGCUGCAGCUAAUGCCCAGAGGUAUAGCAAAAAAUAUGUGCAUAUAAGGGUGCAACUCUUAAGGAUGAAGUAUUGUAAAAAAUAGAACUGUACCCACUAGUUGGUGGUUGCUGCUGCAGCUGUAUAUAGAAGUAUAGCAAACCAUUGUCAGGGUGGGGUUGCUGGUGCAAAGGUGAGAUAGAGUGGUUGGAAAUUCUGAAAUGCACUUGCUUAGUGGGUAGAAGCAGAGCAAACCCACUGGCAAGGGUGAGGCUGCUAGAGGUGAGAUAUUUGCUUACCAAUGACUGGAAAUUAAAAAUAAAUUGUAAGCUAUGAAGCUGCUGUUGAUGCCCAGUACAGUAGUGAGCAAACAGCUACAAGGAUGUGCCACUGAAGCAGCAGAGGUAUAUGCUAAAAGUAGAUACAAUUUUUUAAAAUAUAAUUUAGCAAAAUAUUAUGAAAGGAUGGAGAGGCGACGGUAUAAAACUCGGCCACUGCUUCAGAGAAAAGAAGACAGCUAAUGCCCCUUGAUGGGUGGGGACAAGGGUAUUGUACUUAACUAAUAGGGACAUGGGUGGCGCUGUGAUCUAAACCACUGAGCCCCUUGGGCUUGCCGAUCAGAAGGUUGGCGGUUCAAAUCCGCAUGAUGGAAUGAGCUCCCAUUGCUCUGUCCCAACUCCUGCCAACCUAGCAGUUUGAAAGCACACCAGUGCAAGUAGAUAAAUAGGUACUCCUGUGGUGGGAAGUCCUUUACUUUUUCUUUUUUUACCUUUUACCUAACUAUUAAAGAACAACAAACAAUUUUGUAGAAGGGUAGGAAGGAUGAGAAAAGAAAGGGCUGGGAAUUUAAACUCCUGGAAUGAGAAGGAAUGGAUUUAGGAGCAUGUGUGCACAUACAAAGCUAAAUACUAAGGUCAAGGUUGCAGGGCGGGGAGGUGGUGGUGGUGGAGUGGGAUGAUGACAUCCAGUGAAGCUGAAUGUUCAAAGAUUCCAGACAAGUAAAGGACUUCUUCACACACUGCAAAGUUAAAGUAUAUGGAACUCUCUCGUGCAUGAGGCAGUAAUAGCCACCAACUUGGAUGGCUUUAAAAGAGGCUUGGCAAAUUCAUAGAGGAGAAGGCUAUCAGUGGCUAUUAACUACAAUGGCUAGAGGCAGUAAUGUUUCUGAAUCCCAGUUGUUGGAAGUUGCAAAGGUGGAGAGUGAUGUUGUGCUUAGCUUCUGCUUGUGGCUUUCCCGUAAUGGGCAUCGGGUUGGCUACUGUGAAAAGGGAACUUCUUGGGCCAUUAGCUUGAUCCAGCAGACUCUUCUUAUCUUCUUAUGUUUUAUGCAUUAGUUAAGUAAUAAAAUAAUCAAUUUUUAAGAUAUUAGUAGCCCAACAAACAACUGUUUCUGGGGGGGGGGGAGGAAAAUAAAUUUUAAGAAUCAUUUUUGAUAUAUUUUAGUGCUUGUAAACCGCUUUGUGAGACUAAUGAUCUGAAAAAUGGCAAUUAAACAAAAAUAAUAAUUUAAUAAACAUUUAAACGUACUUUGGCUGCAGGUAUGCCAUACAUUUAAAGCACCCACCCCUCCCAAGAUUCCUGGAAACUGUAAUUUACCCCCUCAUAGAGCUACAAUUCUUAGCAUCCUUGGCAAACUACAGCUCCCAGGAUUCUUGCAGCAGGGAAGUCUUGUGCUUUAAAUGUGUGAUGUGUAUAUAGUCUUUCUUUCAACCUUUUAAAAAAUAAAAUAAAAAUCUGCACAGUCAUUUGUAAUAGAGUAAUGCACAAACAGGGCAGGACAGACUAACGAUUGAACAUGUGAAAGUGACCCAGAGCAGAGCUUGGCUGAUCUGUCUGCUGCUGGAAACUGAAAUGUUGGACUACAGUAACCCAUGUGCUGAUCCAGCACAACAAUUUUUUUAGAUUCUUCCCUUUCCCAAGACUUGUUGCAAAAGAUCAAAUGAGAUCCUUGUGUAUUGUAUCCUUCCUUGUGGCUCUUGGGAGAGAAGAGGAGAUCUGUUUUAAUUUAUUUAAAUGGUCUUUGAAAACCGCAGGUUGAUGGGCUUGCAGAGAUGGCUCAUUAUGUGGCUAUAAUUCUGUGUUAUAUAAGAUGAUGCAUCUUUGUACACAUUCAGCAGUGGAGUAAGAUUCACACCUUUUCCCUCUUGCUUUUGACUGCAGCAAUGUCCCAGCAAGCAAAGAAGCAAGAGGGAGCUGGUUGAUGACUACCAGAAGAUCAUCUCCUAUGGUCCCAUCCGUUUCCUGGCCUCAUCACACUUGGAAGUGCGGGAUGCUGAAGACCAACAGCUCAUCUGGAGUAUGUACCUGUUUUCCUGGAUCAGGUCAUGAAUGGCCCAGAGCAGCCUUUCCCAAUCUGGUGCCCUCCAGAUACUUUGGACCACAGUUUCACUCAGUCCUAGCUGGCACAGUCAAUGGUCAGGGGUGAUGGGAGUUGUAGUCUGAAACAUCUGGAAGGCACCACCAGUUUGGGGAAGGUUGAUCUGGGCCACUGGUGUUUGGCCUUGGGCCCCUGCUGGACUCCAUCUCCCAUCAUCCCCACGCAGUCUUGGUCAUUCUCUCCUGCCACAGCCCCCAUCCUCAGUUACACUAACCUGCCUGACUCUCUCUUUCCUCCCCUCAGAAAUGCAGCUGUGGAUCCCUGGUGCCGUGGUUUCAGCAAGUAUUGCUGUCGUCAUCAUUUUGAUUGCUGUUGCAAAAGCCAUGAAGAAAUGAGCAAGUUGUAAAAACAAAUGGCGGCAGCAGCAGAAUUCCAAAUAAAUACAAUUGCAGAUAGA